ACCAGAGGUCAGUAUCUCGGAUAGAUCAAAAUUUUAAAAUGGCGUCAGCAAUGGACAUCGACGAUGAGGAAAUUGAUUUGCCCACGUCUAGCAGCAGUAAAGGAGAGAAGAAACGUUUUGAAGUCAAAAAGUGGAAUGCCGUAGCGCUGUGGGCAUGGGAUAUUGUGGUGGACAACUGCGCCAUUUGUCGUAACCAUAUAAUGGAUUUGUGUAUCGAAUGCCAAGCAAAUCAAGCAUCUGCGACUAGUGAAGAAUGCACAGUAGCCUGGGGUGUAUGCAACCAUGCAUUCCAUUUCCAUUGCAUCUCCCGUUGGUUGAAGACUCGACAAGUUUGCCCACUCGACAAUCGUGAAUGGGAAUUCCAGAAGUAUGGACACUAGCCAAGUGUGCUCAGCUGCCAUGGACAUCAGAGCCCUUAACAAUUCAGCAGCCGACGUCUGUAUGAAACCGUGAUAUUCGAAAGAUACUAAAUUUUGGUAGAGGAUUUAAUUUCUUGUGCAUAGCUAAAUAUUGUCGAUCAAGGUCCUUCGCUUCAGAAGCAUUUUAAUGGAAGUCUAAAAAAUGCUUAAACGUGAUUGAAAUUUGAUCAAUUCCAUGUUUCACACGUUGUUGCUACACAUUAUCAUUAUGUGCUACACUUGAUAUUAAGUCGCAAGUGAGCACAACUGUGUUAUCGAUAAUAGGUAUAAGACUGGUAUUAAACCAUCAAUAUCAAGCCAUUGUAUCUGAAAUCAUUUUUAAAAAUGUCAUGAACUUAAAUAAACGAAAAAAUCAAAAUCCUAUAGUAUUGGUAAAGGAUUUACAAAAUGUGAAUAUGGUUACAAAUUGUGAAAUCUAGACUUGUCAUUUUAUUCUAUAAUUGUUCUGAUUUAACAGUUUUCUAAUAAAAUACAUUUCAAGCUACCUUGUUAGUCAAAAUCAAUCUGAAAGAGAAACGAACAUGUAAAACAAACUAAAACACCUGACCGCCUAUUGGUUGUAAUUCUAGGUUACAUAUGUAAACAAGAAAUGAAAAAUGUAUAUACGUACUAAGAAAUAGUUUAUAAUAAAACCAUUAAAUUAUUAGUCGAUACCCUUGACACUAAGUAGCUACUUUCUCCCUUACGGUUUAGACUUUUUACUUUUAUAUCAUGGGUAGUAGUUACAUGAUGAUAUGAUGUAGUUAUUUUAACGUUUAACAGCAAAAAUACAGAUACAAACUUGUAGAAAAUAUAUUUACACUUGUGAUAACUUCGUCCGUAGGACCUUGAUGAAUUUUGAAAAUGUACAGUUAAAAUCAUUAAGAAAUCAAUUAACACAAUUAAAUUUCCAGCAUGUUAUGCACAAGUUACAAAAUGACCAUCGAGAUUUUCCUAGUAAUUUCAAACAGGUGAUUUUAUGUUAGGAAACCUGCAAGUACAGAUAAGUUACCCUUAAAAUGGAUAAAACGUUUCCACAUUUAAACCUACUACCUUGAAAUAACUUCUAUAUUCAUGGUGAGAAUUUCUGAAGGCAGUAAUAGUCAUGUAUACGUAAUUCUUUAAAAUUCUUUAUAUAGUAUAUAUUAAAAAGUAUGCAUGUACGUAUUAUAAAGAAUUACAUAAAUAUAUACGCAUGCA